AUGGUCUUGGUGUCCAAGAAGGACCUCAAGAUCGCCAUGGAGGUCUUUGCGAUCUUCCAGUGGACUUUCAGUGCCUGGGUUUUUGUGACCAGCGUGAUCUGUGUCAACCUCUACCUGGUGCUGUACACGCAGUACUGGCCUAUCACUGUGGCCAUUCUCAUCUGGCUGGCUUUUGACUGGAAGACCCCUGAACGAGGUGGCCGCCGGUUUCUCUGUGUGAGGCGCUGGUCCCUGUGGAAACAGUACUGUGAUUACUUCCCACUCAGGCUUUUGAAGACUCACGACAUCUCCCCCUGCCACAACUACAUCCUCGUCUACCACCCUCAUGGGUUCCUGUGCCAUUCAGGCUUUGGUAACUUUGCCACAGAGGCUUCAGGCUUCUCCAAGGUCUUUCCUGGCAUCACCCCUUAUUUGCUCACACUGGGAGCCCUUUUCUGGGUGCCUUUCUUCAGAGACUACGUCAUGUCUAUAGGGAUGUGCUCAGUGAGCCAGGCCUCCAUAGACUAUCUGCUGACCCAGAAGGGCAAGGGCAACAUGCUGAUUGUGGUAGUCGGUGGCCUGGCCGAGUGCAAGCACAGUGUGCCAGGGUCCACCACCCUGUUCUUGAAGAAGCGGACCGGGUUCAUACACAAGGCUCUUCAGCACGGGGUGGCACUAAUCCCUGCCUAUGCCUUUGGGGAGACUGAUCUGUACGGUCAGCACAUUUUCACUCCUGGGGGCUUGAUCAAUCGCUUCCAGAAGUGGUUCCAGCGUUUGACACACAUCUACCCUUGUGCUUUCUAUGGGCGUGGCUUCACUGAGAACUCCUGGGGCUUGCUGCCCCAUGCUCACCCCAUAACCACUGUUGUCGGGGAGCCUCUGCCAGUGCCCAAGAUUGAGAAGCCGAGCCAGGAGGUGGUGGACAAGUACCAUACACUCUACGUGGAAGCCCUGCGGAAACUGUUUAACAAGCACAAGACCCAGUAUGGUUUAUCAGAGAGCCAGGAGCUGGUGAUAGCUUGAGACAUCCCCCUGCUGCCUCGGCCUCACUGGAGGAUGUGGAACCAGUAAACAGGACAGAAGUCACCUAUGGGGCUCCUGCUUCUGAUCUGGCCAGUCCUCAAUGUGAGGAGGGGCUGCCCAUUCAGCUCUUUUCUGAAUCCCCAAUUCCGCCUCCCAUCUG